AUGAGUUCACGUGGUCCAAUGCGUCUCGGGAAAAAUUAUCCCCACCCACCAUCACAACAACAGCAACCACAGCAGCAACAGCAACAGCCACCAUCUCAAUUCUAUCAACCCACAGCUCCAUACCCAGCAGCAGCAAACAAUUAUGCAGGUGAUUUUGGUAUGCCUCAACCUCAAAUUCCUCCAUCGUAUGGAGGUGAUUUUAAUGUUCCUCAGCCUCCACCAGCACCUUCGCACAAUGCUUUCUUCUCGCCGCAAACUGCUUUCUAUGCACCGCCAUCUCAACAACAAAUGCCGUCUAAUCAAGCUAUGCCCGGAGUGGAAUAUCUCUCUAACAAUCCACUUUUUAACGUUGGUUUAAAUGUUGUUGAACAGGGCAUGAAAGAUUUUACCGGCAAGACUGUGAAUAUGUUACCCAAUGAAAUGAAAAAGUCCAUCUCGUCAAUCAAGUACUAUUUUGCUGUUGAUCAAGCUUAUGUUUUUAAAAAACUUUGUCUACUUCUGUUCCCAUUUCGACCACGAAACUGGUCUUUAGGUUAUAGUGCGGAUGAACCAGUUCCACCACGUGUUGACACGAAUGCACCGGACUACUAUAUUCCCUUAAUGAGUGCUAUCACAUACGUUCUCGUCGCUGGCCUAGUCCUGGGUACUCAAGACAGGUUCACACCGGAACAGUUGGGUAUGCAUGCAUCAUCUGUACUGGUUUGGAACAUAAUUGAAAUAUGCGUUUUAUGCUUUACAUUUUACAUCUUCAAUGUUCAAUCGAAAUUACGUACACUGGAUCUAAUUGCUUAUUGUGGUUAUAAAUACGUUGGAAUGAUAGCUGCAUUAUCAUCAUAUUUAUUAACUCAUUCAUUAUUUGUUUAUCGUUGUUCAUUACUCUACGUUAGUUUAUCACUAUCCUACUUUCUUGUUAAAUGUCUUCGUUUACAAAUCUUACCAGAUACAGGUGGAUCUCAACCGUACGGUUCUAACGGAAAUAAGCGUCGUAUAUAUUUACUACUUCUUGUUGUUAUUCUUCAACCAUUUUUCAUUUGGUAUUUGACCCGACAUUUAAUUGUUGAUUAA